UUUCAGACCUCCCAGAGAUUUGGAUUCCAAAGCUUGUGUAACUAUCGGAGAGAAGAACUUCGAGGUGAAGGCGGAUGACCUGGAGCAGAUCUGCGAGCUCGGCCGAGGAGCGUACGGCGUGGUGGACAAGAUGAGGCACGUGCCCAGUGGCCUGAUCAUGGCGGUCAAGAGGAUUCGUGCCACAGUGAACACUCAGGAGCAGAAGAGGCUGCUGAUGGACCUGGACAUCUCCAUGAGGACGGUGGACUGUUUCUACACCGUCACCUUCUACGGAGCCUUGUUCAGAGAGGGCGACGUGUGGAUCUGCAUGGAGCUGAUGGACACGUCCCUCGACAAGUUCUACAAGCAGGUGAUCGAGAAGGGCAUGAACAUCCCCGAGGACAUCCUGGGAAAGAUCGCCGUCUCUAUAGUUAAAGCUCUGGAGCAUCUGCACAGUAAUCUGCAGGUCAUACACAGAGACGUGAAGCCGUCCAACGUGCUGAUCAACACUCAGGGUCAGGUGAAGAUGUGCGACUUCGGCAUCAGCGGCUACCUGGUCGACUCCGUGGCUAAAACCAUGGACGCCGGCUGCAAACCCUACAUGGCGCCGGAGAGGAUCAACCCCGAGACCAACCAGAAGGGAUACAACGUGAAGUCUGACAUCUGGAGUUUAGGAAUCACAAUGGUAAAUACACUUUUUAUUUUUCAUUUAAAGAUUUCCCGUUGUCUUCUGUUGCACUUCUGUCCGUCCUGGGAGACGGAUCCUCACACGUGUCUCCACGAG